UCUGCUUGUAAUCUAUUGGAGUCAUAACCUAAAACUUGUCCAACGUCAAGUUAUUAACGUUAUAUUAUUAUUUUAUGUCAAAGAAGUUAUUUAACAUAAUAUAUUAAAAAUGCCGGACCAUUUAGGAGAGGAUAUGCGUAAAGUAAAAUCGGAGGAUGAAAAGGAAGAGAAAGAAAUUAAAUCUCUUGAUGAGGCGGACAUUGCUUUGUUGAAAACAUACGGUCAAGGUCAAUAUACGAAGACUAUAAAAGUGGUUGAAGAAGAUAUACAAACAAUAAUCAAGCGCGUAAAUGAACUGACAGGAAUUAAAGAAUCAGACACUGGUUUGGCACCUCCAGCUUUAUGGGAUUUAGCAGCUGACAAACAAACUCUACAAAAUGAACAACCGUUACAAGUUGCUCGUUGUACAAAAAUUAUUAACGCUGACUCCGAUGAUCCAAAAUAUAUCAUUAAUGUGAAACAAUUUGCUAAGUUUGUUGUUGACUUGGCUGAUACGGUAGCACCAACGGAUAUUGAAGAAGGCAUGAGAGUUGGUGUAGAUCGUAAUAAGUAUCAAAUACAUAUUCCAUUACCACCCAAAAUAGAUCCAACUGUUACUAUGAUGCAAGUAGAAGAAAAACCAGAUGUAACGUAUAGCGAUGUAGGUGGUUGUAAAGAACAAAUAGAAAAGUUGAGAGAAGUUGUAGAAACUCCAUUACUACAUCCAGAGAAAUUUGUCAAUUUAGGUAUAGAACCUCCUAAAGGUGUAUUACUUUUUGGACCACCUGGAACAGGUAAAACAUUAUGCGCAAGAGCAGUUGCCAAUAGAACAGAUGCUUGUUUCAUACGUGUUAUCGGAUCGGAAUUAGUUCAAAAAUAUGUUGGAGAGGGUGCAAGAAUGGUGAGAGAAUUAUUUGAAAUGGCACGUAGUAAAAAAGCUUGCCUAAUAUUUUUCGAUGAAAUAGAUGCUAUAGGUGGUGCACGAUUCGAUGAUGGUGCUGGUGGUGACAACGAAGUGCAAAGAACUAUGUUGGAAUUGAUCAAUCAAUUGGAUGGAUUUGAUCCUCGUGGUAAUAUCAAAGUCUUAAUGGCAACUAAUCGACCAGAUACAUUGGAUCCUGCAUUGAUGCGACCAGGACGUUUGGAUAGGAAAGUUGAGUUCGGUUUACCAGAUCUUGAGGGUCGAACUCAUAUCUUUAAAAUUCAUGCACGUUCAAUGAGCGUUGAAAGGGAUAUUAGAUUUGAAUUACUCGCACGUUUAUGUCCUAAUAGCACGGGAGCUGAAAUACGUUCAGUUUGUACCGAAGCUGGAAUGUUUGCAAUUCGUGCACGUCGUAAAGUAGCCACGGAAAAAGAUUUUCUUGAAGCCGUCAACAAAGUAAUCAAAUCUUACGCUAAAUUCUCUGCUACUCCUAAAUAUAUGACUUAUAAUUAAAUUCAUUUAUUAAAAUACAGUACAUAUAACAGGUGAUUUUUUUUCUUUUAUAUAUAUAACAG